AUGUCUUCUCCACAAGUUAAGCGCUAUGUCAUUGUUGGCAUGGGUGUCCGCUCAGCCUUCUACUACCAGAGCAUUAUCAAAGACUUCAAGUCAACAGCCACAAUAGUAGGCAUCUGCGAUACCAACCAAACACGCAUGAAUGCAGCCAACGACCGAAUUGCUGAGAUUGGGGGCGAGCGUGUGCCAACGUACAAAGCAGAGGACUUUGACAAGAUGGUCCAAGAACAAAAGGCAGAUGUCGUUAUUGUUACUACCAUAGAUCGCUUCCACCACGUUUACUGCAUUCGGGCCAUGGAGCUAGGUUGUGAUGCCAUCACGGAGAAGCCCAUGACCAUUGACGAAGAGAAGCUACAAGCCAUGGUUGAUGCGGAAAAGAGGACGGGCAAGCAGGUGCGCGUCCUGUUCAACUACCGAUACGCGCCACACCACACCAAGAUGCGCGAGCUCAUUGACUCUGGAGUGAUUGGCGAGAUUUCCACUGUACACAUGGACUGGAUCCUCGACUGCGCACAUGGUUCAGACUUUAUGCGCCGAUGGCAUCGAAACAAGGACACGAGCGGUGGUAUUCAGAUGCACAAGUCGAUCCAUCACUUCGACCUGGUACACUACUGGCUCAACACCGAGCCUGAGCUUGUCUACUGCCUGGGUAGCCUGCGCUUUUACGGCCGAGAAAGCGCUGAGCGGCGUGAGGAGAAAAAUCUCGGCGAGCGCUAUCUCAACAACGAAGCUGCCAAAGACGACCCUUUUGCCAUUCACAUUGACCAAAAUGCUCAGCUGAAGAAAUUGUACCUGGAAGCUGAGCACGAGGACGGCUACAUUCGCGAUCGGAAUUGCUUUGCCGAUGGCAUCACAAUUGAGGACAAUCUUUCCAUGAUUAUCAAGUACAAGAACCAAGCUGUCAUGACGUACAACACAUAUGCAUACGCACCAUGGGAAGGGUAUCGCUGUGUGUUCAAUGGAAGCAAGGGUCGUAUUGAAAUCAAUGUGGUUGAGGGCGGAUAUUCUGCCGGUGGAGAAACCGUCACCAAUGAAGGAGUCGGCGAGCUCGAAGCGAAUUACAUCCAAGGAGGCGUGGAAAAGACAAACAUUGUCGUCUAUCCUCUGUGGGGCAAGCCCUAUGUUGUCGAUGUCGAAAAGGCGGAAGGCGGACAUGGCGGCGGAGACCCUCUUCUGCUCAAGGACGUACUUCUCGGUGACGGAAAGGACAACUUCAAGCGCGCUGCAUACAUUCGUGAUGGCGGUAAUGCUGUGUUAGUAGGCGUUGGAGCGAAUCGCUCCAUGGAGACGAGCAUGCCGGUGAAAGUGCAGGAUCUGGUCAAAUGGUAG